UGUCCAUCACUGCUCAUCGGUGGUUAAAUAAUUAUAUUUUAAUAACGUUUAAAUACGCAAUUUAAUUUAAAAAUGAAAGUAAAUCCAUUUACCUGAAAAAUGCCUGUGGAAACUGAAAAUAUGGAUAACAAUUUGCCAUUGCCGCCUGAAAAACUGCCAAAAUGUUGGAACGAGGAAGAACGAAUGAAUGCUUUGUUUUCGCCUUUUCGAAGUAAAUCUGUAAAUCCGCAAGACUGGAUAUCUAAAUACAAGUUUUGGCACAACAUAAUUUAUGAAUGGUUAAAGCAUACCAUGCAGUGCAGUUUCUCUAUUACAGAUUUAAAUCAAACUUUUAAAAGAAAAGGUUGCUCACCACUUUGUUUGGUAUCUGUUGUUGAGGAACUUCUUCGAAAUAAUGAAAUAAUUCCGGAAUCUGAAUUUUUAAAAGAGCCUUGCGGUUCUUGGACAACAUGGUCAAUCGAUACGUUUGUAAAGAGGCCGCUUGUAUGGUCAUUUUCAAAAGUUAAAAGUUAUGUUGUAAACAAUGAAGUUAAUAAGGAAACUAGAUAUAUACAUAUACAAAUUGUUAGAGAAUUAGGAAAAACGAUACUUUCCAUUUUAGAAGAAAAGAAAGAAAAUAUUCUCGUGCCUUUUUCUGAAGUAGUAAAAAGUUGUAAAUCCAAAGUGAAUCAAAAUAUGUCGGACGAUACUGUCAUGUUAGUUUUAAUAUGGUUAAGACGUGAAAAAAUGGUGGCCUUUACAAAUAGUGUAAACGAAAGUGACUUGUUAAUUAAAAUUGCUGUACAUUCGUCCGAUAAUAUAACAGAAAUUGAGGAAGGAUUAUACAAAUUAUCAAAACAAGAAAACGAACUUGUAAAAGAAAUACAGCUUCUGGAAGAACAGAAAGUCAAUAUUAUCAAUCAAACUAAGUCGUACUUAGCCAAAGGAUUACGGCAAGUUGCAAAAACACAUUUGAGUAAAAAACUGAAAUUAGAGAAAACCAUUACAAACAGAGUUCAAACUCUUGAGAAUAUUCAAGCUCUUAUACUGAGCAUUCAGGAUACUUGCACAAACACUGCUGUGCUGUCGUUAUAUAAAACAGGAUCUAAUGUGUUAAAGAAAUUGAACGAAAGCGGUCUAACAGAAACUAAUGUUAAAGAUGUUAUGGAUAGCCUAUCGGAGGCUUUGGAAGAACAAAAUGAAGUGCAACUUAUGUUAUCAGAGACUUUGAAAAGUAAUGACUCGGAUGUUGAUUUAGAACAAGAACUAGAAGAAUUAAUGAAACUCGAUGAUAAUGCUUUCCCUGUGAUACCAAGUACUAAAUUAAGCUCCGAUGUCGAUGAGCUUGAACAAAGUUUCAAAAAUGUACAUAUUGAAAGUACAACUACGCUCAAUACCUCUUCAUCUAAAUCAUCGUCACAAAGCAUUCGCAAUAAACAAAAGCUAACACAGCCGGAAUGUGUGUGAUUCGUGUACAUUGAAUUGUCUACAAAAAUAGGUUGAUAUUUUGUAAUAUUUACAGAAUUUUAAUAACAGAUACAUGUAUUUUUAUACAUCUAUGUACGUUUUAUCUUGCUUUUUAAAUUGUUUCGUAUAUAAAAAGUACUUAUAGUAAAAUAAUAUG